UUCAUUUCUUAUCACUAGAUUUUUCAAUCAAGAAAACCGAAUUUCAUUUUUCAUUUAAAAAUUGAAACUAUGAAUGUAUUUAGCCAUUAAGUUCAGUCAAAAUUGUUCAUUUUAUGUAUUUUGAUUCAAUAAUGAUAUUGUGUUAAUGCAUCACUCAUCGAUUUCAAAAUUUGGAGAUUUGUAAUUCUGGUUACAUGAGAAGAAGAUAUCCCUGCUAGAAUGGACGAGGAACCGAACGAUGACGUUAAUACAAACUUGAUGCUGCUACAAUGUCGAACUUUGGAGCGACUGCUGGGAGGGCUGCCUAGACCGAGACCUCCGCAAAAUGAAGUCCUGGACAUAUUGAAGGCGAAUGUUCGGCUCUUUGGAGCGUUUAUUGGCCAAGAUGUACAGAAUGUGAAAAAUAAAAACAAGUCUGGAAACAAGAACCGAGCACCUCGUCCCGUUGGAAAAAAUAGAGAAAAGAAAAAACGAAAAGCCCUUGCUUUGCUAGCCGCCGAUACUGCUCCUGUACCGCUCAUGAAUAUACCUGUACCAUUACCGAGUGGUUUAGAUGUAGAAUCAUUGCCAAGUAUUGUGCAACCUACCCCUACCUGUCACAGUGCACGAAAACGUUCAAAAAAAUCUAAAUCUGAAUCAGAAACGUCCGAUUUACCAGCCGUUCUUGAAGUAGCUGAGGGAGCCUUAGCUUACGAACGUGAUGAACCAUCGACGCAAAUGGAGUUCUUCGAACAAGCGUAUAUAAAAAUGUUCAAAUUAGAUCCGAAAACGUUAUUGCCAUUUAAACCUAGCAACAGGUACCCGAAAGGAUACGUUAUCGCUGGGUACGAUUUCCCCGAUGGCAGGGUUUCGAAUGGACUAUUCGUUGGUAACAUAUUGUUACUCGGUGACGCGUUUGUUCACGGUAUCGAACGCCGAGUAUGUUGUAAUAAAACUUACGGCGCAGACGAGGCUUUGUGUAACAAAAAUUUAUCCAUUUCGCAGCUUACAGAGACGCUUAAUACGUAUCCGCGACUACCAGAAAACGUUCUGUUAUCUAUCGGCACUACCGAUGCUGGGCUAACCGAAAGCCUUAUACAAAUUCGUCGCCAGUACGGUUCUCUGUUACAGACGCUCGGGAGUAAGGGAGUAACCAAACUGCGAGUAUUGCCGGUGAUAACUGUUCCUGGAAUGUCAGUUCGAUACGAGGAAAUGGCCGCUAUAGUAGCGGCCGAUUGGUCAAUACCCUUCGGCGGAGAAUAUAUUUACGAAAAAGAUGUACUUCAGCCGUUACUUGACUCGUUCAAGCAGCCGUUGGAAUUUCAAUACAAUAGUUACAUUUUCUUACCAAAGCAAUGGCGUCAGAUUGCUGAUACAAUUCGUUUAACCUUCGAUCCGUCUUCGGCUUCCCGUACAGCCGAAUCCGUCUUACCACACCGUCGUUAUACAAAAAAAUCAGCACCCGGAACCGGAUUAAAAUUAGAUUACGCUUUACGUAAAUCUGGGCUAAAUAAAAAGACCAAAGAAUGAAAAACGAAAAGAUUUCGUGGUAAAAUAUGAGAAAAUGAAAAGAGUCGACGAUCCGGUGAACGAAAAUACCCAUUUUCAAAGUUUUAACUAUAGCAUCACGUAUUUUGUCUCUUCCCUCAGUAUUUUGAUCGUUACAUCAAUGGAAGAGAAUUGUAUUUUGAACAGGGAAGGGCCUGAUAAACUGGAAAAAGUAAUAUGUAGCUGAGAAACAGGGAAAAGUCAGGAAAAAUCAUUUCUUCAAAAUAAAAGACUCCCUGAUUGAAACAAUAUCGUCAAGAAACUUACUGUUUGUAGAAAUGAUGAACACAGAUCACCUUUUACCUUGUUAGCUCACACAUUUUCGGGCUUUCUCCGUAUAUGUGAAAAUGUCAACAGUUUUAUCUCGAGCAUCACUUGUCAACGAUGCAUCGUCGAGAAAGUUUUCUUCUUACGAGUUACAACUUGCGAUUGUCACCCAUCAGAUCAAUGAUUUGUUAAUAUUAACGAUGUUAUAAUAGUGAAAUGUGAUAUGUUUAUUUAUAUUCGUCGUUAAUUUUCAUUUGUUAUGAUCCUAAUUGGAUGUAAAAAAUAUUUAUGUAUAAUACUUACUUGUUUUUGAACCAGUCUUUAUUGAUUUCUAGCAUUUUACUGCUUAGAUAAAAUUUCUUCUAUGUUGUUUGCUUUUUAUUUUUGUUCUUGUUUUAUUAUUUGAAAUUUGAUCGAUGAUGGAACGAAAUUUUCUUUACUUUCAUCUUGCUUUUACUGGCGAAAAUAUUGUUAAAAAGUUCUGAUUUUUUAUCAGUCCUAUAACGAAGGAAUUUUUUUUUUAUUUUCAUCAAUCAAAUUUAGAAAUUUUCUGUUUCCUCGAUUUUUUUACAUUUUGAUUGUUUCUUUUUGAACUUAUGUAUCAAAAUGUAUAUAAAAUGAUAGCUUUGUAAAUUUUUUAUGAGUUUAAUUUUUUGCAAAUAGAGAUGGCUUGACCAAAUAGUUGGUUUGAAAUUGUCUACCAACAUGAAUGUUGAAUAAAUUAUUAUUUUGUAUUUUGUACAUUUUUUUUUUUUUUUUACCAAACUUGUGCUUUUUUGUGCAUAAUUAAUUAUACCUACUGAAUUAGGUUUGGUGAUAUUUAAAAAUAAAAGUUGUUAUUUAGUGAUAUCGAGUUUACAUUUUUAGGAAAGUAAUUUAUUCAGGACUGGUUUGGUAAACAGAUGGGUUGGAAUUAAAAUGUUAUUUCGGCAAUUUUGAAGAUUUCUUAGGCCAAAAUUGGGCCAUGAUUAGCAAGAUUUGAAACGUAUCACGUAUCAGGGCUACCAUACUGAAAGAGUUUUUCAGUAGGAAGCUGACUCCUCCUAUUAAUAUAUUUAUGCGAAAUGAACAACUCACGCAAGUUUGGUACUGUCAGUUAAUUACACAAAACAAUAACAAACUUGGUCGUAUUGAUUAAUAAAUAUAAGUGAAAUCUACACAUUAAAGUAGGCAUACUCUACGAAAAGCAAUAACAAAAUUUUAAAAAUUCAGAUUGCUGAAGUUUGUGCUGAGAUAUUAAUCAACACGAAGUGGCUUGUCAACAUUGCUCAAAUGAUAUGAAAGCAUUAAUAAUAAACAUAUAUUUUCCACUAUAUUAAAUAAUUAUGUACUUGCAACCAAUACAAAAAAUUUACAAUCAUAAAUGACAACUAUAUAUAGAAAUGUUUUUUUUUUUUUUUUUAAUUAAAAAGGUCUCCUUGUUUUAUGUUUGAGAACACUGGAAAAUAGAAACCAUUCCAUAAGUGAUUCAUUAGCUUUUUAUUAUUUACAUUUUGACAUCAUAUUCGCAGGAACACAUUCGUAAAAUUAUAUUUGAAUUAUUUCCUAUAAAUUUCUAUCAUUUGUUCUAAGUGUAACUAUGAGUAAAGCAACUCAAAAUGUGCUCUUAUUUGAUGUAAAAUAUUUGAUAUUUUAUUUGAUUACUUAGAGUUAUUGUAAGAUUCAUAGUAGUUAUUAAUUGUAUGUAUUAUGAAUGAACUAUACCCAUAUUUAUUAGAUACCUUAUUGACAGAUUGAAGAUGGAUCCGCAAGCGGGACCAGGGUUGAUUCAAUAUCAUCUCUUCAUUGGGCAAGCGAAAAUUCUAUUAACACGUGAGACAAGAAAAUUGGAUGGAAAACACGAACGAAUGAUUGUACGCACAUUUGAUGGAGUUGAUAGGUACCGAAAUUUGGAUACAGGAAAGAAAAUUACGCAAAAUGAUGCGGUGUAGGUACCUACGUUUGUAAAACCGUAUCCAAUUUUGAAUUCAUUUUGUAAGUUUUGUUCACAAGUAUAAUGUAAUACUUACAUUAGUUUAGCAGGUUACGUUACAUUAUAAUUUGACGAAAAGA